AUGGCGUCAUCUUCUGUUGCGCAGCCUGCUGGUUAUGGCAUGGCGGCUGCGGAGCCUAACAUGUCGGCUCCCGGUAGCAGCAUUGUGCAGCCGCAACCGCCAGUGCGCGAUUUCAAACUGUCUAAUUUCAAGCUCGUCAGAACGCUCGGCACAGGCACCUUUGCGCGAGUCUGCCUUGUCCGGCCGGCCAGCGCGACGGAGGCGCUUGACCGGCAAGAUGAUUCCGAGGUGUAUGCGCUGAAAAUUCUUCGAAAGACAGAGGUUAUCAGACUGAAGCAGAUUGAUCAUGUGCGCCAUGAACGUGCAGUGCUUGCCGAUGUCGCCGGCCACCCUUUCAUCACGAACCUGAUUGCAUCCUUUGCCGACGCCGACUCACUAUACAUGCUCCUCGACUAUGUACCCGGCGGCGAGCUUUUUAGUUAUCUCAGGAAGUUUCGUCGCUUUGACGAACCAGUUGCCCGAUUUUACGCCGCGGAGAUUGUUCUGGUGCUCGAAUUCCUCCACGAGCAGCAGGGCGGCGUGGCUUACAGGGACCUCAAGCCUGAGAAUCUGCUUCUUGAUAAGGACGGUCAUAUCAAACUCGUCGAUUUCGGCUUCGCCAAAAGGCUUGGACAUCACGAUGACCGACCUGUAGAGACGUACACGCUUUGCGGGACUCCAGAAUACUUGGCACCAGAGGUAAUACAUAACCAGGGCCACACUACAGCCGUAGACUGGUGGGCGCUUGGCAUACUACUUUACGAGUUUCUCACAGGCUACCCUCCAUUUUGGCACCAAAAUCCGCUAGAGAUUUACAAACAGUGA